UUUUUUUUUAAUAUAAAGCUUGCCAUACUGAAUUAAGAAGUUCCUGUCUACUGUCUACAGUCUAGACUAGAGGAAGGAUCCAACGGCAGAUUCAUCUCCCCACUCCCGAGCUCCGAGUGGCCACCCCUCUCCAGUCACGAUCCAGAUUCCAGACUCGUCAGCCGCCUCCAGGGCCCCUCGCCGGCGGCCAGGCCCACUGGUCCUCGUCGACGGAGGUGCGCUGCUGUUCCCGCGCUUUCCUCUCGGGCGCCGGGGCUCGGGGCCUCCUCUUCGUUGCGGUUGCUGAGUGCGUUCGGCGGCGGCGGCGGUGACCGGUUCCCCGAGAGAUUGGCUGGUGCGCGCGCGCGCCGAGCGUCGCAGGUUACUCCACUCGAGCGCGGUGCGCCUCAUCAGGGGACGCACGCACUGUCGGCCUCUCCAGAGCCAGAGAUCCGUGGCACCUGGCGCGCCGAGCUCCGCUGGAGACGGCCAGCAAUGUCAACCGCCCGCCUGUCCUCCACCUUCACCUCCUCCUUCAAGGCUCCUUCACGGAAACCACGAGCCCCCCGCCUCGCCGCCUUGGCUGCCGCCACGGAGCGCGUCCGCGCCGGAACGCUAAGUCGGCAGGACGCGCACCACCUGUUCGACGAAUUGCUGAGCCAAGCCGCGACAGUCCCAGUACGCACGCUCAACAAUUUUCUUGCCGCCCUCGCCCGUGCUCCGCCCUCAGCUGCCUGUGGCGAUGGCCCUGCCCUUGCCGUCACCCUCUUCAACCGCAUGUCCCGAGGCGCUGGUGCACGGGUGGUGUCGCCCACGCUCUGUACCUAUUCCAUCCUCAUGGACUGCUGCUGCCGCGCAGGCCGCCCGGACUUGGUGGUUGCCUUCUUCGGCCACCUCCUCAGGUUGGGGCUGCGCUUGGAGGUCAUCUCCUUCAGCAAUCUCCUCAAGGGGCUCUGCCAGGCCAAGCGUACAAAUGAGGCGGUGGACUUGCUGCUCCACCGGACACCUGAACUGGACUGUGUGCCUAAUGUCUUCUCGUACAGCAUCGUAAUCAACGGCUGUUUUAAAGAAGGUGAAGUAGACAAAGCGUGCAAUCUCUUCCAUGGGAUGAUCCAACUGGGAGUUCAACCUAAUGUGGUCAUCUACACCUCAAUUAUCGAUGCACUAAGCAAGUGCGGAGCCAUGGACAAGGCAGAAGUGGUCUUUCGGCAAAUGGUUGAUAAAGGUAUUGGACCCGAUGUCAUGACAUGCACUAGUCUGAUCCAUGGAUAUUCCAUUUCGGGUAGGUGGAAGGCGGCAGUAAGGGUAUUCAAAGAGAUGAUAAGUCUUGGUGUUGUACCAAAUGCUGUCAUGUGGAACUCAUUUAUGGAUUCACUUUGCAAGCAUAGAAGGACAAAGGAAGCUAGAGUUAUUUUUGACUCCAUGGCUGCAAAGGGCCAGAAACCAGAUACUGUCUCCUACUCUAUUAUGCUUAACGGGUAUGUGAAAGAAGGAUGCUUUGAUGAUAUGACCGGUCUCUUCAAUUCGAUGCUACAGAACGGUGUUGUACCUAACCACCAUAUUUUCAACAUACUGAUCAAUGCAUAUGCUAAACGUGGACUGAUGGAUGAGGCUAUGCACAUGUUCGAAGUAAUGAGGCAACAAGGAGUAAACCCAGAUGUAGUUGACUAUCUAGUAGUAAUAGAUUCACUUUGCAAAAUGGGUAGGAUGGAUGCUGCUCUGGACAAAUUUAAUCAGAUGGUCAAUCAAGGAGUUUCACCUAACAUAGUUGUUUACCGAUGCCUGGUUCUGGGUUCUUGCUCUCAUGGUGAUUUUGUGAAAGCCAAGGAAUUGAUUUCUGAAGCAGUUAAUAGAGGUCUGUGUUCGAACAGUGCGUUCUUCUAUCCUGUAAUAAACGACCUGUGCAAAGAAGGAAAGGUGAAGGAGGCACAGGAUAUGUUUGACUUCAUUGUAGGUAUUGGUCAGCAGCCUGAUGUGAUUAUGUACACUUCACUGAUGGAUGGAUAUUGCCUUGUUGGCAAGGUGGAGGAAGCACUGAGAGUACUUGAUGCUAUGAAGUCUGCUGGCCUCCAACCUGAUGCUAUUACGUAUGGUAUACUUCUUAAUGGCUACUGUAAAAUUGGAAGGAUCACUGAUGGAUUGAGUCUUUUCAUGGAAAUGUCACUCAGCGGGGUGAAGCCCACUACUAUUAUGUACAACAUUAUACUUGAUGGGCUGUUUUGCUCUGGGAGAACAGUUUCUGCAAAGGAAAAAUUUGAUACGAUGAUUGAAAGUGGCAUACCAGUGGGCAUUGACACAUACAACAUAGUUCUUAGUGGACUUUGUAAAAACAAUUGCACUGAUGAAGCAAUAGAGCUAUUCAAGAAAUUACGUGCUAUGAACGUGAAGAUUGAUGUCAUAACUCUCAAUACCAUGAUUUCUGCAAUGUUUAAAACUAGGAGAAUUGAAGAAGCCAAGGAUUUGUUUGCUACUAUAUCAGCCAUUGGCAAUGGAGAAGGCUGGAUGUGCUCCCAACUCCAGUUUGCUAAAUCAAGUGGUCAGAGUGUUGCUGGAAAAAGGUGCAGCUGUACAGGCUGCAACUUAUCUGGCUAAAAUUGAUGCAAAACAUCUGUCACUUGAAGCUUCAACGGUUUCGUUAAUAAUAUCUCUCUUCUCAAGGAAAGGGGAACUAUGGGAGCAUGUAAAAUUGCUUCCGGUAAAGUACCAGCCUCCUGAGAUGUUCGACUGACAAUUGAUACAUUAUUACUUGGAACUUCGUACAAAAAAGCAAGGUGGUAUUCACUCAUAGCUGACAGAAUGACAUUGCCCCCGCCUGCCAUUUUUGAAAAUGCAGAUAAUUCAUCCAUUCUGUUGUUGCCUGAUGUUUGAUGUCACGUUCUAAAUUAAAAUAACAAGUCUGUGGCCUGAGGAUCAUAUGAGUUUCCCUUUAUUUUGUGAUGAAGAAGGCGUAACUCUGAUCUGGAAAGUUUGGAUAUGUCACACAUUUAGGCCUAUUCAGAGUAUCCAAAUUUGUGACAAAGUACUUGGCUGCCUGCCUCUGGGAAUACCGAAACUCGCUGUUUACACAUUUAUGCAAUAUGAAGUCUUUACUCUUUACCAAGGACAAGGAGUGCAACACAAACACGAUAUAGAAUAGUUUGUUUUAACAACUGUGAUAUCUUUCAGUAAUGCCUCUCAUAACAGUAGUGCUAUUUUUUAUUUUUGGGAAAGUGUUAAGUGCGCUGUAUUCAUCGGGUGCAGACUGGUAAACAUAAUUGAACUGUGUUGUCAUCUAAAAUCUACUCCGUCCGUCCCAUAAUGUAAGAUGUUUUUUGACACUACACUAAUGUAAAAAAUCGUCUUACAUUAUGGGACGGAGGGAGUAGUUGCCAGCGCCAGUGCACUUUAGUUAGCAAUCUGAUGUUACUGCAAGGCUAUUAAGCAUGUUUUGUGCUACUUCCAGCAACUGCUGACUGUAAAAAUACAUUGCAAUCUCUCCAGUAGGAAAUAUUUACCUUAAUUCAUUGUCUA